CGGCGGUGAUGUGAGGCCAUGUUCCUGCUGGUGGUAGCCUCGUGGGUGGCGCUCCUGGGGGUCGUCCUGCCCGGGAACAACGUCGGAGCAGCCUUCCAGCCAGAGUUCGCGGCGCCCCUGGCCAACCUGACGGUGGCCGUGGGCCGGGACGCCACCUUCACUUGCCAGGUUCGACACCUGGGGGGCUACAGGGUGGGCUGGGUGAAGGCAGACACGAAAGCCAUCCAGGCGAUCCACGACCACGUGAUCACGCACAACCCGCGUGUAUCUGUCUCGCACGACGACCACUCAACGUGGAACCUGCACCUCCGCAACGUGCAAGAGGAAGAUCGCGGCCAGUACAUGUGUCAAGUCAACACUGACCCCAUGAAGAGUCAGAUGGGCACUCUGCACGUGGUGGUGCCGCCGGACUUCAUCGCGGAGGACACAUCCGGGGACAUGGUGGUGCCCGAGGGCGGCACGGUGAGGCUGACGUGCCGCGCACGUGGGCACCCCGCUCCGCACGUGCAGUGGCGGCGCGAGGACAGCGCCGACCUGGUCGUCAAGGAUCCCUCCGGCAUCAAGACCAGGGUGCCCAUAUACCAGGGAGAGGUGCUGAAGUUGACCAAGGUGUCCCGCUCAGAGAUGGGGGCGUACCUGUGCAUCGCGUCCAACGGCGUACCCCCGUCUGUCAGCAAGCGAGUCAUGGUCAAUGUGCACUUCCACCCAGUGAUUCAGGUGCCGAACCAGCUGGUUGGUGCGCCGCUGGGCACUGACGUCACUCUGGAGUGCAACGUGGAAGCCUCUCCAACGUCCAUCAACUACUGGGUGAGGGACACUGGAGAGAUGCUGAUCUCCAGCGAGAAGUACGAGGUGAAGACGGUGAGCAAGUCCAUGUUCGAGACCAGGAUGGUGCUGGUGGUGCGCAACUUCCAGGAGAAGGACCUGGGCUCCUACCGCUGCGUCGCCAAGAACUCGCUGGGGGAGGUGGAGUCCAGCAUACGUCUCUACGAGAUCCCGGGUCCGACGAGGCGCGUCUACCCGUACGAGCGGGACGAGUACGUGGACCAGUACGGCUCCGCGGAGGAAGAGCUCGACCUGGAUGGCGGCUACGCCCCCGGCGCCGGUGCCGCCCCCGUAAAUAGCCGUGGUAGACAUACAAAAUACAUGCUCAUCUUCUUCCUGGGCGUAUGA